GUUUGGAAAGAACAAUUAAUGCGACUUUUACUGGACACCGAAAGCAAACUGGACGGUCUCACUGAAGUGUGGCAGCCCAGACAGGGUCUGGCCACGCCCCCAGAGGGAGGGGCUAAGACCAAUGUAGACAAACUAAAGGACCGAUUGGUCCUGUUCUCCGCUAACUCCUCCCCCUCUUGUAUGGAGCUGGCCAAUAGGAUCGCAGGGAGACUGGGCGUAGAGCUGGGGAAGACUGAAGUCUACCAGGAUUCUAAUGGAGAAACGCGUAUCCAGAUCCAGGAGUCGGUCAGAGGGAAAGACGUCUACAUCAUCCAGACCAUCUCACCGGAUGUGAACCGGUGCCUGAUGGAGCUGUGUGUGAUGGCGUAUGGGUGUGUGACGGCGUGUGCGAGGAGUGUGUGUGGCGUGCUACCGUACCUGCCCUACAGUAAACAGUGUAAGAUGAGGAAACGGGGAUCCAUCGUCUGUAAGCUGAUCGCCUCUCUGAUGUGUCGGGCAGGUCUGACCCAUCUCAUCACCGUGGAUCUUCAUCAGAAGGAGAUUCAGGGCUUUUUCAACAUUCCAGUAGACAACCUGAGAGCUUCUCCCUUCCUACUGCAGUACAUACAGGAGGAGAUUCCAGACUACAGUAAUGCCGUCAUAGUGGCCAAAUCACCGUCCUCCGCUAAGAGGGCCCAGUCCCUAGCUGAGAGGUUGCGUGUGUCUAUUGCUGUGAUCCACGGAGAUGCAGAGGCGGACCUGCUGGAUGGACGACACUCUCCUCCGACAGUCAGAACCACCGGAGUUCUACCUGAACUACCCGUCUGUAUCCCUAAGGAGAAACAUCCUAUCACAGUCGUAGGAGAUGUGGCCGGACGCAUCGCCAUCAUCGUGGAUGACAUCAUCGAUGAUGCGGUGGGUUUUGUGGCGGCAGCGGAGAUGCUGAGGGAGAGGGGUGCGGGGCCGAUCAUCGCCAUGGCAACACACGCCAUUCUGUCCGCGGACGCUCCCAGAAUCCUCCAGGAGUCAGCCAUUAGUCAGGUGGUGGUAACCAACACGAUUCCCCACUCGUCCCAGAAGCUCCAGUGUUGUAAGAUAAAGACGGUGGAUGUUUCUCUGAUCCUGUCUGAAGCUGUACGGAGGAUUCACUGUGGAGAGUCAAUGUCUUGUCUGUUCCACGACAUAGGAGCUGACGACUGAUACACACACACACUACACACACAC